AUUUCCCACCAAUUUCAUUUCCUCCUCUUCAACUCAAUUCGCCAAUCGCCACCUUACCCUUAUCUUCUUCCGAUGGCCACCGUCCUCCGAACUCCCACAUUCCGGCCAUCCCCAACCCUUCUCACCACCGCCGCCACAUCUUCCAAUCACUCCAGAACCUCACGCGUUUCCGUCGCAUCCUCCAGAAGAAGACCUUCACCACUUAAAUCCCACCGGUUCAGUUCAAUUCCCACCCUCCGGUUCGCGAAGUUAGUACCAUUUGCUUUUGACGGAGAUACCGAGGCACCGCAAGUUCAAGAUUCACCUGAGGUUCAGGUUCUGGACUCUACAGAUGGUGCUGCUGAUGUGGAGGAGAGUACAGGCGAUGAUGAGGUCAGCGACGCUGGUGAAAUACCUGCUUCACCUCUGAUAGUAUUACUUCAGUCAUACAAAGAAGCAUUAGCUAAUAAUGAUUCAGUCAAAGUUGCUGAGUUGGAAUCAUCAUUAAAAUCCAUUGAUGAUGAGAUAGUAGGUCUUGAAGGGAAAAUAGCUUCCUUAUCCGAAGAGUUAUCAAUAGAAAAAGAUCGAAAACUAAGGAUCGGUGCAGAUUUUGACAAUUAUCGGAAGAGAACCGAUAGAGACCGCCUUUCACUGGUCACAAAUGCUCAAGGGGAAGUUGUGGAGAGUUUGUUGCCUGUAUUGGAUAAUUUUGAGAGAGCUAAAGCUCAGAUCAAGGUGGAGACAGAGGGAGAGGAGAAAAUAAACAACAGCUAUCAAAGCAUAUAUAAGCAGUUCAUUGAAAUUCUAAACUCACUUGGAGUUGAGCCAGUGGAUACGGUUGGAAAUCCCUUUGAUCCAAUGCUACAUGAAGCAAUUAUGCGUGAGGAUUCUGAUGAAUUUGAAGAUGGUAUCAUACUUCAAGAAUUCAGAAAGGGUUUUAAACUUGGUGACCGCCUCUUACGUCCAUCAAUGGUGAAGGUAUCAGCUGGUCCAGGACCUGCAAAGCCGGAACAAGAAGUACCACAGGAAGAAGAAGUCACCAAUGAAACUUCCCAGGACAGUAAAGAUAAUGAUGGCAACACAGAAACAGAGUCUGCUUGAAAGGACAACUUUGCCUGGAUUCAGUUUUGUACAAGUAUAUCUAUCGGUUUAAUCUCCAGGAACGUAAUUAUGGGUGUUACAGUUGCUCAAGAAAUAUUGCUUCCAAGUUUCCUUUUAAGGGGGAAUUAGUAUUAUGAGAUUUUGAAUUAUGAUUUCAGAUUUUUAUGCCCUUGCAUUGCUUUGGUAGAGAUGACUAAAUUUUCUCAGGUACCAUGUUUCUGAAAGGACCUCGAGUGAGUUGCAAUUGAUCAAGUGUUUGGCACCUGGAGUUAGGAGAAUCAGUGUGUACUCUUAAAUUAAGAUAUUAUAUUAUAAUCUCGUAAUUCCUUCAUCAAAUGUUUUAGAUAAUUUCUGAAAGUUGUAAUCCACAGCUUAACAUUAACACUCGGGCCACGACAUUAUUGAUUUGUUUAUUUUGUUA